AUGUUUCUACGAAAUACUGAAAUAUUUCCAAAUCCCAUACAAAUUGCAAGACCAAUAACUGUUAAUGAAGAUAAACGUCUAAAAUAUCAACAUAGUGUAGUUGCUGAUCGUUUAAAUCGUCCGAAAACCGUUAGUGGAUCAUUUCCUUUUAAUAGAGAAUUGUAUGAUAUUGCCUCUGUCUCAUCGAAAAAAUCGUAUGACAGCGAUGAUGAUUUAUUUUACGACACAGAUAUUGAAGAAGAACAAGAAAAAUCAAAAGAUUAUACAUGUUUGGGUAUGUAUCAUCGAAGAUGCAAACAACUAGAUAUUGUUCCGUCAAAUCAAUAUAUUCGUCACCAUAUGGAUGAAUCAUUGAACAUGAAAUAUUAUGGGUUAGGAGCACGAGGUAUACGCGGUAUGAUACCAUCACUGACUGUUAAUCAACAUAUAAUAAAUCUUGAUUUAUCCAACAAUGGAUUAAAAGAUGAAGGAGCAAUUUAUCUAUCGUACAUAAUUAAAGAUAAUACAGCCAUUACAGAUCUGAAUUUAUCAUAUAACUUUUUAGAAAUAGAAGGAACAAAAGCUAUCUGUGAGAUAUUUCGUCAUAAUAUAACCGUAAAAAAUCUUAUAUUAGAUGGAAAUUUAUUCAAUGAUGAAUGUGCACGCCUGUUUAGCGAAUUAAUUUCGAGUACCGGUCAAUUGCGUACAUUACGUUUAUCUCGAAAUAAAUUUGGUCCCAUAUCUGGAAAAUAUUUUGGUCCAGCACUUGCUGAAAAUACAACAAUGGAUUUGUUAGAUCUAAGCUGGAAUUCCAUAAGUGAAAAGGGUGCAGUGGCAUUUUUUAAGGGCGUUCAAAAAAAUGUGUAUAUGAAAACCUUGAAUUUAUCAUGGAAUGGUGUCAGUAAGGAAUCAGGAAAAGUUUUACUUCAAGCGUUAAAAGAGAAUAAUACAUUGUUGGAACUUGAUCUAAGUCACAAUCGUAUAACACCAGAAGUAGCCACAUUCAUUGGACGAGGUUUAAGUAAAAACGAAGGAUUAAAAGUUCUUAAAAUCGCUGGAAAUCCUCUUGAAACAGCUGGAUGUUAUGCAUUAUUAAAACCACUUAUCAAAAGUGAAACAUCCAAAUUAGAUAUCAUCGAUUUAACAGAUAUUAAUUUAAAUCAAGAUUGUAUAGAUGUUCUCAAUAUAUUACAACAACAUCGAGUACAUUUACAAGUAUUAACUGGUACGAGUAAACCACCUGUUCUACGUACAAAACCAAAACAUGUACAUCCAUUUCAAAAAUUACGAAAUUUAAUUGAACGGCAAAAUGUCGAUUUAUUACAUCUUUUCAAAUCAAUUGAUUCAUCAAAUGAUAUUAUGAAUACGGAAACAGAUAGCAAUGGAAUUAUCAGCAAAGAAAAAUUUUGUCAAGCUCUCGAAGUAGAUUAUUUUUUAUGA